AAGCUUGCUGGGCUAACUUUAAUCAAUGCUGGCCUGAGAACAGGAGCAGAACGCUGCCUAGUAAACCCUGAGGCUUUACAACAGUGCCACUGACCCCUAUGAGCCUGAUGCUGGAUGACCAACCCCCUGUGGAGGCCCAGUAUGCAGAAGAGGGCCCAGGACCUGGGAUCUUCAGAGCAGAGCCUGGAGACCAGCAGCAUCCCAUUUCUCAGGCGGUGUGCUGGUGUUCCAUGCGACGUGGCUGUGCAGUGCUGGGAGCCCUGGGGCUGCUGGCUGGUGCGGGUGUUGGCUCAUGGCUCCUAGUGCUGUAUCUGUGUCCUGCUGCCUCUCAGCCCAUUUCCGGGACCUUGCAGGAUGAGGAGAUAACUUUGAGCUGCUCAGAGGCCAGCGGUGAGGAAGCUCUGCCCCCUGCACUUCCCAAAACAGUAUCUUUCAGAAUAAACAGUGAAGACUUCUUGCUGGAAGUGCAAGUGAGGGAUCGGCCAUGCUGGCUCCUGGUCUGCCAUGAGGGCUGGAGCCCCACCCUGGGGCUGCAGAUCUGCUGGAGCCUUGGGCAUCUCAGACUCACUCACCACAAGGGAGUAAACCUCACUGACAUCAAACUCAUCAGUUCCCAGGAGUUUGCUCAACUCUCUCCUAGACUGGGAGGCUUCCUGGAGGAGGCGUGGCAGCCCAGGAACAACUGCACUUCUGGUCGAGUUGUUUCCCUCAGGUGCUCUGAGUGUGGAGCGAGGCCCCUGGCUUCCCGAAUAGUUGGUGGGCAGUCUGUGGCUCCUGGGCGCUGGCCGUGGCAGGCCAGCGUGGCCUUGGGCUUCCGGCACACGUGUGGGGGCUCUGUGCUAGCGCCACACUGGGUGGUGACUGCUGCACAUUGUAUGCACAGUUUCAGGCUGGCCCACCUGUCCAGCUGGCGGGUUCAUGCGGGGCUGGUCAGCCACCGUGCCGUCAGGCCCUACCAAGGGGCUGUGGUGGAGAGGAUUAUCCCACACCCCCUCUACAGUGCCCAGAAUCAUGACUACGACGUCGCCCUCCUGAGGCUCCGGACCCCUCUCAACUUCUCAGACACCGUGGGCGCUGUGUGCCUGCCAGCCAAGGAGCAGCAUUUUCCGAAGGGCUCGCAGUGCUGGGUGUCUGGCUGGGGCCACACCGACCCUAGCCAUACUUACAGCUCAGAUAUGCUCCAGGACACGGUGGUGCCCCUGCUCAGCACUCAGCUCUGCAACAGCUCUUGCGUGUACAGUGGAGCCCUCACCCCCCGCAUGCUUUGUGCUGGCUACUUGGACGGAAGGGCUGAUGCAUGCCAGGGAGAUAGCGGGGGCCCUCUGGUGUGCCCAGAUGGGGACACAUGGCGCCUGGUGGGGGUGGUCAGCUGGGGGCGUGGCUGUGCAGAGCCCAAUCACCCAGGUGUCUACGCCAAGGUAGCUGAGUUUCUGGACUGGAUCCAUGACACUGCUCGGGUGAGUGUGGGGACAGGAGUAGGGCAGGGAGGUUUCUAAAGGACCUGCCCUAGAAUACAAGGAACCUUACCCCUUAGGCCCGGGCCCUGCGGGGGGCUGGGGAGGGGCCUAGGACAUGUUCCCCAGAGUGAGUGGAGGAAGAAGUGAAGCUUAAACAUUGAAUCCAUUGGAUUUCUAUCAAUUUAAGGAUGAACUGGGUAAGAGUAUGCCUGAAUUUGUAUCCCAGAUCUACCAUUUCCUGUGUCGACCUUUGGCAAGUUUCUAACUUUGGACUCCCUCCUCUGAGUCCUGCUGUUUCCUCCAGUCUCACUGCACACCACUGCCUCAUGCUUCCUGGGGCCUCCAGCAGCUCCACUAAUGGAGGAGAGGCAGUAGCCUCCGACGUGCAACGCAUGGACCUCCCACUACUGUGCGUGAGGAACAGUCACCACCCACCGGCCAGCCACCCAGCCGCCAGGUCUCUCCUCUUGGGCCCUGAUUUCAGAGUCCUCUUUCUCACUAGAGACUCAAUGACAGAAGAGAGGCUGGGGCUCAGUUGGGCAUGCUGUGGUUGCUGAGGGAUGAGGGGGAGGAGGAGAGAGAUAGGAGCUGGAUAUGAAGAGGCUGCUGGAAGCAGCAGGAAGCCUGCCCUUCUGCCCUCUCCCCUCCCUGCCCCUGUGUAAGUCUUUUGGGAGGGUGCUGGGAGGUGCCCCCAGUCCCACCUUUUCCCUGUGCUCUCAGGUGGGCUAAGUGCCUCCCUAGAGGACUCCAUGGCUGAGAGGCUCCUGGGCAGAUGGGGUCAAGUCUGGGCCAGACCAGAUGAAGCCUACGGGAGUCAGGACCCUCUCCACUCUCCCUCCCCACUCCCCUUCCUGUUCUCACCUGGCUCUGGCUGGCCCUGUAUGGGGUGGGUGCACUGGAAAACAAGAAGGUUGGAGUUGGUCUAGGACGUUGGUUUUAAAUGACAGUUCUGUGAACUGGUCCAGGGAGUUCUGUUAUUAAAGUGAUAUAUGGUCUUGGUC